AUGGGUCGGUAUUCCCGAGAUUUUCGAUGCCGGUAUUACCGGUACCACAACCCUACUCACCACAAAACCGAGAUGAUGUUGAUAAGCAACCGCAAGGCAGUGCAGCAGGGUUCGGUCGGAGAGUGUACCAUAAACUCAACACGGAAAGUUAGACAACUGGGAGUAAUGAUAGACGACCGGCUAAGCUUCAAUAGGCACAUCGACCGCGCAUGCGGAAGGGCCGUAAAAGUGAUCUCGUCACUAUCACGGAUCAUGCCCAACAAUUGGGCGGUCAGCAGCAGUAAAAAGCGACUACUGGCAGGACCUGCAUGGGUGACGGCCCUGCAGACGAAGAGGAACACAUCUCGACUGAACAGCACGUUCAGGCUCAUGGCCAUGCGGGUGUCUAGCGCGUGUCGAACUAUUUCAGCAGCCUACGUGAUAGUUGGAACGAUUCCCACAAACCUUCUAUUCGAAGAAGAUAGCGAGUGUUAUAGGGAUCGAGGUACGAGAGGAGUCCGUAAACAAGCUCGAGCUGAUACCUUAAGCAAAUGGCAACUUCAGUGGGAUAACGCAGUAAAGGGUUGA